AUGCAGUUCUUCGGCUCCAUUGGCGUCGGGUCGCCGCCUCAGCGUUUCCAGGUCAUCUUCGACACAGGCUCCAGCGACAUCUGGCUGCCCGAAUCUAGCUGCGCGGACUGCGCUGGAUCUAGGCGCUACCACGCUGCUGUCUCGCGCUCGCACGAGCCGCUGAAUGAGCCCUUCCGCCUCGAAUACGGCAGUGGCAACGCCUCGGGUCGCGUCGUGCGUGAACAGGUCUCACUCUUUGGUGGCGACGAACAGAGUCUGACGCUCUCAAGGGUGCACAUGGGCAGCACCACCAAGACAACCAAAAGCCUGCAACGUUUUCAGGCCGACGGUAUUGUAGGUCUCGGUCUUGAGGCGCUGGCGGUCAUCACCAAACCAAGUCUUCUUAAAUCCGACCCGAGGUUGGGACUCUUCUCCAUUUACAUCAACCCGCUGCCAGGUGCAUUGCCACCGGCACAGCUCAUCUUCGGUGGGGUGGAUGACUCGCUGCCUAUUGCUCACAUACCGCACGCAAAUGAAGCACAGGUCAGCUGGCACCAUUUCCCACUCGUUCGGUACCCGUCCAGUAGACGUGCUCACGGUUUCUGGGCCAUUCGGCUGCAUCGACUGACUGUUGGGAAUUUUGAUUCUCGAUCCAAGUCCAGCCCGAAGAAACUUGCAGGUAGUGGAGAUGGGAUCGUAGCCGUCUCGGCAGCUGUGGCUAUUGUGGACUCGGGCACUUCCCUACUACUGCUUCCGCGACGCGCCUUUGAUACAACAAUAACAGAAAUCCAGCAGCAUCUGCGCGUACAGCACAGCAAAGAGCUACGUGUGAAUCCUCAUGCCGUGAGUGGCUAUGCCUGUGUAGACUGUACAGCGGAGAUGUUCCCCGCGCUGCGAUUUAGCUUUGUGAUAGAAGAAACGCCUGCUGGCUCUCAGUCGAAGACGCAGACUCUGGUGCUCAAAGGUACGGACUACGCGCGCUGUGACGACCUCAUGUGCGCACCACAACUUGACGUGCACGCACUAUUCACGUCGAAGAGCAAGAGCAAGGUUCCAACCCCUGCUGCUUCCGCAAUGACCACCAACAUUCCACAAGGGACAGAGCACGAGGACGUUGUGGUGCUUGGUGUCACGUUCAUGCGCGCAUACUACGUGCAGUUCGACUCGCAGCGCAAGACCGUGGGGUUCGCCUGCGUCGAUUCGGCGACAUCCAGUGCUGUCUGCUCCGGUGGUUGGGCGCCCAAGCUCCAGUUCCACUCGGCGCAUUUCUUGGACGCCGAAGCUUCAGCAUGGCGAGCCGGUUGGGUCUUCUGGUCGCGGGUGUAUCUAGGUAUCGGCGUGUUGCUGCUGCUGGUGGCAUUCGCGCUACUGUGGCUCAUACUGGUAGUGCCGUCGUCCGAAGUGAAGAAGGUGUUCAACUGGUUUUACGGACCCAGCGACAAGAGUCGAAGACGGCAGCAGCAGACAGACAACCGAGACGACGAAACCGCAGAGCCUGACUCGGAGCCAGAGUCACCUCCGGCACCGUCAAGACGCAAAAGCGUGAGCUUCGACGUAUAG